UUUACAUCUAGAGUACAAUAAACGAAGACCUCUAGGCCACUGUUUGAAAAGCUUUUUCUCUUUUCAUUUAUUGUGCCGUUCAAUGAAAACCAAUUGACCUCGAAUAUGCGAAGUUCGCUAUGAUUAUUCGCGAAAGGAUCACACAAUACUGUUUUCAUUAUGUAAAUCGCUCCAAGCAGUCCAUUAAAUACAGAAAAGCUGAAAAGUUUGUAAAUCUCUUUAAAAAAGCGACAAUGACGCACAGAAAGGCAAGGUAAGCCCUUAAUGAAACACGUGCAAAGCUAACAAUAGCGAAUGCCGCAGAUGUGGUGAAGGCAUUGAACGGAAAACAUUAUUAUAUUGAAAUAGUUUGAAAAGCGCACCUGCCUGAGCCGUGCAGGUGUCGCGCCACUGUGAUUAGAACAAUGUUUGAAUGAGAGAGCAAACAGAACCGAAAACUUCCAAUAACUCAGUGAUCAUUGCGUUAUAAUCCGCCGCUAAGUGUUCCCACUUGUGCGAUCCUCGCGUAAUUCUCAAAAUAUCGAUCUCUGGGCUACAAGCGAAAGUUUCACCGCUCUAGCGCACGUGCUUCAGAGUUAUGGCACAAGAAUUGCCGCCGAACUUUCCCGCGCAUUGAUUGGCCGACAACGGAAAUAUACAUAAUUCAUGCACAAAUAAUUAACACCUAUUGUUUACUUCUUGUAUUAUUAUUGAAAUGAAAUAUUAGCAUUGUCCUAUUAUAUCAUUAUACCCAUCAGCCAUAAUCACGCCUGUGAGGUGUUGUAGCUGUUGAGCCGGUCGACCAGGCAAAUAACAGAUUGAGGUUGCUCCUUUGAGAACAGUUUGACCGUACUCAUCCUCGCGUGAACAUCACCUAACUCCGUCCGUCACCGACUGCCAAGACAACAGGGAUCAAUCCUAUUAACAACUUCAACGACAUGGGCAAGCAAGAAGAAGGCCACAUUAAAAGACCCAUGAACGCGUUUAUGGUGUGGAGUCGUGGUAAGAGAAAGCAGUAUGCUGCGAUAAAUCCUCGAAUGCACAACUCUGAAAUCAGCAAGCGACUCGGAGCCGAGUGGAAAAUGCUUUCACAAGAGGAAAAAGAACCGUUCGUGGCGGAAGCGAAGCGACUGCAGGCCAUCCACAUCCAAGAGCACCCCGAUUAUAAGUACAAGCCGAAGCGACGCAAACCGAAAUCACUGCAGAAGAAAGAGCUUGCGGCCCCGAUGUUUUCGCCAUACAGCGCCCCAAUGAUGGCGGUCGAUAAAUUCUCAACGAAUCAAUUGCCUCAAACAAUAGCUCAUUCAACGGCUUUGUCCGCGGACCCAAUGUAUUCCAAAAUAAAUGGAGCAGCAGCGUUUCAUCACUCGGUUUCACCAGGAUAUCCAGUGAUUUAUCCAAACGUAACCGCAGUGAACACUCACCAUUCGGUGACUCCACCAUCGCGUCAGCUAUUCGCUAGUUCCUUGGACACGACACAUUCAUUCCGCGCCGCCGAUGUCAUGAGCCACAACAGAGCGUUGUACACCAGUCAAGCCUUCCAAACUGCGCUACCUUCCCAAAUGCAGCAGAGAAUUUCUAGCGUGGACGAAACACGAGGCGCCUCUAUCAGUAGUGGAGCGUCCUCCAGUCCGACUGCUUCAAGCAGUGACGCACCGAGCAAGUCGAGUGGUUAUACAGUUUCCACUGCUGAACUGAACGGACAACGCGUUUGGCAGCCUCAACAGGAUCUGUCCCGACCAGUGGCCUAUGUCCCGAUAACUAUGAAGAGUAAAGUCCGUUUUCCAGCCCAUUUCAAUUUUGCCUAGUUGUAUACAUUUCGAUAUUUGAGAAUUAAUGUAUAUCUCAGUGUUAUUUUUGCCAUACGCUUUAAGUUUUCUGCAUAGUGAUUGCCUGAAAAUUAGUCAGACUUCACUUAAGAAUAAACAUUUUUUUAUACAGUAGCGAGCAGCGCCACAAAUUGUGGCGUUCAAAACAAUCCCUUGAGGAAAAUAUUUUUCUUUUUGUUACAUGGAUCGAAAUGUAUAAUACUAAAGUGACUUGCGACACCCUAUGUAUUAGUAGGUACGAAUUUUGUUGAACAAGUAUUACAAAUUUCAAGUUUGUAAAUGAAAAUUUUUGUAAAAGUCUUCAUUUUUUCUGUUGAAUACGUAGCAAAUUAUUACAUAUCAGAAAUGUGCUGAUAUUUGAAAAGAAGUAUGUAAAAUUCUUAUCUGUGUAAUAUAAGAGUAAAUAAAAGAGUGAACGUGAAGAA